AUGGCUACUUGUUGUACAAAAGCUAAAUCUUUUUUUGGAGUGGUGCAACGUAUAUACACUCUAUUUUCAUCAUCUACUAAAAGAUGGAAUUUUUUUAAAGAUAAUGUAAAUCGCCUUACUCUUAAGCCUUUGUCUCAAACACGUUGGGAAAGUCGUGUUGAAAGUAUUAGAGCAAUAAGAUUUCGAACUCCACAAAUAAGAAAUGCUCUAUUUGAAUUGGCAAGAGUUGAUGGUCCUAAGACAAAAAGUGAGGCGGAGUGUUUGGCAACAUAUGAAAUAGAGAAUUUUGAAUUCUUACUUGGGAUGAUUAUUUGGUAUGAAGUGUUGAAUAAUGUUAAUAGAUUAAGCAAACAUUUGCAAACAGAGGACAUCCAUAUUGACGUUGCUAUAGACCAUUUAAAAGGGCUCAUUUCAUUUUUCAAAAGCUAUAGAGAAACUGGUUUUGAAUCGGCUGUGAUUGAUGCUAAAAAGAUUGCAAGUGAAUUAGACAUUGAAUCUAUAUUUCGUGAAAAAAGAGUUAUACGUAGAAAGAAACAAUUUGAUGAGAUUUCUUAUGAAGAGAUGACAGAAACAGUUGAAGAAUCUCUCAGAUUUGAACAAUUUCAGGAAUAUGAUGAUAUUUUUGGAUUUUUAUUUGAUUUGAAAAAGCUUAGAUCCAUUGAUGAUGCUACAUUGAAGUGCCGUUGCAUUAAUCUUGAAAAUUAUUUGAAGCAUAACACAGUAUUUGAUAUCGAUGGAAUGAAAUUAUUUUCUGAGUUGAAAAUUUUAAGGGAAGCAAUAUCUACAGAAAUUAAUGGAGCAGUUGAUGUGUUAGAUUACAUCAAGAGGAUGAAUUGUUGUUUUGCAAAUGCUUGGAUUGCUUACAGGAUAUUAUUGAAUAUCCCAAUCACUGUUGCGUCGGCUGAAAGAAGUUUUUCAAAGUUAAAAUUGAUUAAGUCUUAUCUUCGAUCAACCAUGUCACAAGAGAGAAUAUCUCUAAUCAUGGAUAAGAGAAAACAUUGUUAUUUUUCUAAGAAUCUCUCUUGGAAAGGUAUUGAACCAACUGGCCAGCUCGAUCUAAUGCAGUAUGAGCUGCGACUGCAGGCCACCCUAGGCCUGACAUUUUCCAGUUCGGCCCGACCUCAUAGAAAAGUACUGGUCUUCCCUGGACGCUUUGAAUUCAUUGUCUUUCUUUUAAAAUUGAAUAGCAGAGAUUGUGUGUAG